GUACAAUUAAUAGAAUCACGUGGUUUUAAAGCGGAAACGCACUUGGUAACAACCGGCGAUGGCUAUAUAUUGACUAUAUUUCGUAUAGUAAACCCGUAUAAUAACAAGUUAGACAAUAAGCCAGUAAUUAUAUGGCACGGCCUAACUUACAACUCAGACUCCUGGCUCAUGUCAACACCCGGCCAAUUGAAUGUCAACGGGCUUUUAGUGACUCGGAAUCUGGCGUUUACGCUGUCCGCCUGUGGCCACGAUGUAUGGCUGCCCAACUUUAGAGGCACCGGCUAUUCAACCGGCCAUCAGCUCUUGGAUUCAGUGUUCAAUCGCACGUACUGGGAGUACACGUUCACAGAAUUAGGCUUAUAUGAUGUACGGGCAGUAGUCGAGUACGUGCUCCGGGUCACCAAUAAAAACUCUGUGGGCUAUAUCGGGCACUCAUUGGGAUCGACGGCAAUGUUUAUACUGUUAUCUCUGGCGCCGGACUUUGAGCGCUACGUCCGGCCAUUUGUAGCGCUGGCGCCGUUUGCCUUCAUGUCACACAUGACCAGCACUUUACGUCUAAUCGCACCGUUAGAGCCAAUGCUGAGAAAAUAUGCAUUACCGCUGGGUAUACCGGUGCCAAUCGCCCAGUUUAUAGGCGUCUGUCUGUGCGGUAACCAAUACUUUCAACAAUUAUGCGCCGAUAUAUUUUUCUAUACGACCAGUGGUCGCGAUCCCAGCAAUUUAAACAUUACUCGGAUACCGAUUUAUAUAAGUCACAACGGAGCAACAUUUAGCACGUGGGUGUACGCCCAUAUGGCACAGUUAAUACAGGCCGGUGGCUUUAGACUGUUUGACCAUGGUGUUGCCGGCAACCUGCAGAGGUAUGGCCAGUCCCGGCCACCGGACUAUCCAUUAUCGAGCAUUAGGUCCACAAAUAUAGCCAUAUUUUAUGGCAACAAUGAUUUGAUAGCAAACAUUACUGAUGUCAGGACUCUUAUCAGUAAACUUAAGGUUCCGCUUUUGGACAAUUACGAAGUGCCCUAUGACCGCUGGUCUCAUGAUGAUUUUAAUCUUGUAACUAAUGUCAUCCACGGGUCAUACAUCGACCUACCGGUGCCUGAAUCUAACCAGUGUUGGUCACUAAACACGACCAAAUGGGAAGUGGAAGUGUGUCGCAGGGAUGCCAUAUUCGCGUGGGAUGUGUACCUGCAUAUAGACCCGGACGACGAUACAGUCAAACCCUAUUGUUGCGCUCAUUACGAGUAUUUUGAUUGCGUUAAAAAAGUGGGUCGAAUGCAGUGCAAGAAUCAGACAGAAACCGAUGAGAUUACCAAGGUGGCCGAUACUAACCAAGAUCAAAUGGGCGAGAAAUGGUGCCAGGACAAAUAUAGCCAUGGUUCGUGGAAGUGCGAGAUGCCUGUUUGGGGCACUGUAUUGUGUUUUGCUGGCUUUCUGCUCGGUAUGGGUCUAUUGGCUUAUGUGUUGUUUGGUGUGUUUAAGUUGCAGGCCAUAUGUGCGGCGCCGGCACUGAUCACCGGCAGUCCCUUCAGUGACCCACACUUUAAGGACAGCCGGUCAGUAAUAGUACACCUCAUGGAGUGGACGUACGACGAGAUAAGCAAAGAAUGUGAAUUAUUUCUGGGCCCUUAUGGGUACGGAGGGGUACAAGUGUCGCCCGUAACCGAAGUGGCAGUCCUACCACGUAGGCCGUGGUGGGAACGCUACCAACCCGUCACAUACGAAAUCAAUGGUCGCUCGGGUGACGAGAAAGCGUUCGCCGCUAUGGUUGACACAUGUAAUAAAGUCGGGGUUAGGAUCUAUGUUGAUGUGGUGCUCAACCAUAUGACUAUGGCUGAGCAAGGGGUAGGCACAGCUGGUCACACCUACAACGGCAACGAGUUCAAUUAUGAUGGGGUGCCGUACACUCACCUGGACUUCCAUCAACACCCGGCCUGUCCCACACCUGGUGACAAUCUGAACAUACGGGACGACAAAUACGACGACCCGAUUGAGGCCCGCAAUUGCCAGUUGGGAGGACUCCGGGACUUAGAUCAGAGUAGGGAUUGGGUGCGCCAAAAACAGGCACAAUUACUCAACAAACUGACCUCGCUCGGUGUGGCCGGUUUUCGAUUGGACGCGGCUAAAGAAAUGUGGCCAUGUGAUUUGCAAAAUAUUACCACCCGUUUGACCGCGUUGAACGCAAAAUACUUCCCUGCGGGCAGUCGACCGUUCAUUUACAACGAGUUCAUAUCGGGUGUGAAAGUUAAGGCUACAGAGUAUACACCGUUGGGUCGGGUGAUCGAGUUCAAAAACUACGACAAUUUGGCCAGGGUGUUUCGCAAGUUGGACGGUAAAAUGCUGAGCUUUUUGCGUAACUACGGCGCCGGACCCCAGGGCUGGGAUAUGUUGCCAUCGGACGACUCGUUGGUGUUUGUGGACAACCACGACGUCCAACGCGGACACAUCGGCGACAUCACUGUUACGCUCACCUAUUUUGACGCCCGGCUACUGAAAAUGGCCACCGCUUUUAUGCUUGCCUGGCCUUAUGCCGUGCCUCGCAUUAUGAGUAGUUACUACUGGCCCAGGAAUGUACAGAAAGUGGAUAAUCAAUACAAAGACUUAAAUGAUUGGAUGGGUCCGCCACACGACUCACAGGACCGGAUAGUCGGCGUUCAACGUAUGCCAGACCUGAGCUGUGAUCCCAAAGUGUGGAUCUGUGAGCACAGGUGGCGUCAGAUCUAUAAUAUGGUUAAGUUUAGAAAUAUGGCCGGUUUUGAACCGGUGUCCAACUGGUGGGAGAAUAAGUACCACUCGAUUGCCUUCAGUCGCGGCAACAAAGCCUUCAUAGCCCUCAACAAUGACGACCACCCCAUCGAUCAACAGCUCAACACUGGACUCCCGGCCGGCACUUACUGUGAUGUCAUAUCAGGCAAUAUUGUUGUAGGGCUUGUAAUAGCCAUAUGUGCGGCGCCGGCACUGAUCACUGGCAGUCCCUUCAGUGACCCCCACUUUAAGGACAACCGAUCAGUAAUAGUACACCUCAUGGAGUGGACGUACGCAGAGGUGGCCAAAGAGUGUGAGCUAUUUCUGGGCCCCUAUGGCUUUGGUGGAGUACAACUAUCACCGGUAACUGAGGUGGCAGUGCUAGACCGUAGGCCGUGGUGGGAACGCUACCAACCCGUCACUUAUGAGAUCAAUGGCCGGUCGGGCGACGAGAAGGCUUUCUCCGAUAUGGUUGACAGAUGUAAUAAAGUCGGGGUUAGGAUCUAUGUUGAUGUGGUGCUCAACCAUAUGACUAUGGCUGAAGAGGGUAAGGGCACAGCCGGUCACACCUACAACGGCAAAGAAUUCAAGUAUGAUGGGGUGCCGUACAGUUACCUAGACUUUCAUCAACACCCGGCCUGUCCCACACCGGGUGACAAUCUGGACAUUCGUAAUGAUAAGUACGACGACCCGAUUGAGGCCCGCAAUUGCCAGUUGGGAGGACUCCGGGACUUGGAUCAGGGCAAAGAGUGGGUGCGACAGAAACAGGUAGAUUUCCUGAACAAAAUGAUUGCACAUGGUGUCGCCGGUUUCCGGUCCGACGCCAGUAAACACCAAUGGCCUCAAGACCUGCAGAAUAUCACCGCCCGCUUGACUAACUUGAACACCAAGUAUUUCCCGUCCGGCGCCCGACCCAUGCUCUACCACGAGUAUAUAUCAGGCGAGAAAAUUAAGGCCACAGAGUAUACGCCGUUGGGUCGGGUGAUCGAGUUUAAAAACUACGACAAUUUGGCCAGGGUGUUUCGCAAGUUGGGCGACAAACGACUGAGCUAUUUGCGUAACUACGGCGCCGGACCCCAGGGUUGGGGUAUGCUUCCCAGCGAUGAUUCCCUGGUUAUGGUCGACAGCCAUGAUCUACAACGCGGACACACCGGCGAUAUCACUGUUACACUCACUUACUUUGACGCCCGGCUAUUGAAAAUGGCCACCGCUUUCAUGCUUGCCUGGCCUUACUCUAUACCUCGAGUUAUGAGCAGUUAUUACUGGCCCCGAAAUGUACAGAAAGUGAGCGAUCAGUACAAAGACCUCAACGACUGGAUGGGUCCGCCACAUGACGCUCACGACAACAUCGUUGCCGUCGAUCGUAAGCCAGACCUGAGCUGUGAUCCCAAAGUGUGGAUCUGUGAGCACAGGUGGCGUCAGAUCUAUAAUAUGGUUAAAUUCAGAAACGUCGCCGGUUUUGAAUCGGUGUCCAACUGGUGGGAGAAUAAAUACAAUUCAAUUGCCUUCAGUCGCGGCAACAAAGCCUUCAUAGCCAUCAACAAUGACGACCACCCCAUCGAUCAACAGCUCAACACUGGACUCCCGGCCGGCACUUACUGUGAUGUCAUUUCAGGCAAUAUUGUUGGGGGCAAAUGUGAGGGCAAACAAGUAGUGGUGGGAACGGGAGGAAUGGCACACAUAGUGGUGGACAACAAAUGGGAAGACCCGAUGAUUGCCAUACAUAUUAACGCUAAACUUUAAAACUUUGUAAUACAUGUCUGUUAUUAAUUAUACUACCUG